CCCCAGCUUUCUGAGGAUGAUGUCCGGCUAAAAAACGAGAGAGACAAUUGCAGCGUCAGCCCCCUGGAGCCUGCAACCAGCUCCCUUCCCCCAGAUCACAAAAACAUGGAAAUUGAAGUCUCUGUUGCAGAAUGUAAAAGUGUUCCUGGAAUCACCUCUACCCCACCUUCCAUGGACCACCCCUCCCCUUUCUACUCACCCCCCCACAAUGGCCUCCUCGCUGAUCACCAUGAAUCUCUGGAUAAUGAUGUGGCCAGAGAGAUCCGCUAUCUAGACGAGGUGCUGGAGGCCAGCUGCUGCGAUUCUGCUGUGGACGGAACUUACAACGGCACGUCGUCCCCAGAGCCUGGAGCAGUCGUCGUGGCGAGCAGUCGAAGCCCACCUGCCCACACAGCCAUCCAGCCAGAACUCACGGAGAGGGCAGCGGGCAGACAGGCCCCUCCUCACAUCGAGUUCAGCACAAGCAACUCUGACGCCAUGGCAGAGGGUGGAAAAGCCAACGGCCACUCGCCUGACCAGCCCCAAGAUCUGACGGGGGACGGCCUCCAGGCACCCGCGAGCCCCAGCUCCUCCACCAGCUCGCGGUGCUCGGGCCGUGACGGGGAGCUCACGCUCACCACGCUGAAGAAGGAGGCCAAGUUUGAGCUGCGUGCCUUCCAUGAGGACAAGAAGCCCUCCAAGCUCUUUGAGGACGACGAGAAUGAGAAGGAGCAAUUCUGUGUCAGAAAAGUGAGGCCUUCGGAAGAGAUGCUGGAGCUGGAAAAGGAAAGGAGAGAACUCAUCCGGAGCCAGGCCGUGAAAAAGAAUCCUGGCAUCGCGGCAAAAUGGUGGAAUCCUCCCCAGGAAAAAACCAUCGAGGAGCAGCUGGACGAGGAACAUCUGGAGUCGCACAAAAAGUACAGGGAGCGCAAGGAGAGGAGGGCGCAGCAGGAACAGCUGCUCAUGCAACAGCAGCAGCCGCCCCCAGCCCAGCUCUGCGCGGCCCCCGUGGCCUCCCGUGACCAGGCCAGCGCGGCAGAAAACGUAAAGGAGGACAUCGUCACCGAGCAGAUAGACUUCUCCGCUGCUCGCAAACAGUUCCAGCUCAUGGAGAGUUCCAGGCAAACAGUGGCCAAGGGCCAGAGUACACCUAGGCUCUUCUCUAUCAAGCCCUUUUAUAGGCCUCUGGGGUCAAUCAACUCAGACAAGCCACUGACCAUCUCGAGACCAGCUUCCGUCGGGGGCCUUCCAGAAGACAGUGGUGCAUCAGCAGCCAAGGGGCAGCAGAAAGCCAGCUGUGCCCUGGAGAGUCAGCCUGCGGGGGGAAGCCAGGGCAGCACAGCUCCUCAGGGGAGGGAAGGGCCCUACAGUGAGCCUUCCAAACGUGGGCCCUUAUCCAAACUGUGGGCAGAGGAUGGGGAGUUUACCAGUGCCCGGGCCGUCCUCACUGUGGUCAAGGAUGACGACCCUGGGAUCUUGGAUCAGUUUUCAAGGUCAGUCAAUGUCUCUUUGACCCAAGAGGAGCUUGACUCUGGUUUGGAUGAAUUGUCAGUGAGGUCCCAGGAUACCACUGUCCUGGAGACCCUGUCCAACGAUUUUAGCAUGGACAACAUCAGUGACAGCGGGGCCUCCAAUGAGACAACCAAUGCCCUCCAGGAGAAUUCACUGGCUGAUUUUUCUCUGCCCCAGACUCCACAAACUGACAACCCUUCAGAGGGCCGAGGAGAAGGCGUCUCCAAGUCCUUUAGCGAUCACGGUUUCUAUUCCCCUUCAUCCACACUGGGAGACUCUCCAUCAGUUGAUGACCCCUUGGAGUAUCAGGCUGGUCUCCUGGUGCAGAAUGCCAUUCAACAAGCCAUAGCCGAGCAAGUGGAUAGAGCUGUGUCCGAAACCAGCAAGGGUGGGACAGAACAGCAGGGACCUGGAACAACUCUAGAGGAAGCUGGCACUGGGGCUCCCAGUUCAGAGAAGCCUCAGAGCAUGUUUGAGCCGCCUCAGGUGUCUUCUCCUGUUCAAGAGAAGAGGGAGGUAUUACCAAAGAUUCUGCCUGCUGAAGACCAGGCACUCAGGGAAAGGGGGCCCUCCCAGCCACUGCCAGCCGUACAGCCCAGUGGCCCAAUAAACAUGGAGGAGACCAGACCGGAAGGGAGCUAUUUCAGCAAGUACUCAGAGGCAGCUGAGCUGAGGAGCACAGCCUCGCUCCUGGCCACUCAAGAGUCCGAUGUGAUGGUUGGGCCCUUCAAGCUGAGGUCAAGGAAGCAGCGGACUUUGUCCAUGAUCGAAGAAGAGAUCCGAGCAGCUCAAGAAAGGGAAGAGGAACUGAAGAGGCAGAGGCAAGUCUUGCAGAAUACCCAGAGCCCCAGGGCAAAGAAUGCCCAAUCGCUGCCCUCCCGAACGUCAUGCUACAAAACCGCUCCAGGGAAAAUAGAGAAAGUCAAACCUCCUCCAUCCCCCUCACCUGAAGGCCCCAGCUCGCAGCCUGACUUAGCCCCCGAAGAGGCUGCCGGAUCCCAGCGGCCCAAGAAUCUGAUGCAGACCCUCAUGGAAGACUAUGAGACACACAAAUCUAAAAGGCGUGAGAGAAUGGAUGAUAGUAGUUACACCUCUAAGUUACUGUCUUGCAAGGUGACUUCCGAGGUCCUUGAGGCCACACGGGUUAAUCGAAGAAAGAGCGCACUGGCCUUGCGCUGGGAGGCAGGGAUCUAUGCCAACCAGGAGGAAGAGGACGAUGAGUAA